CGAGCCGGAUCCGGCCGGAACAGCGCUUACCAACUACGCCGGCGCAGGAAGGCAAAGUACAUGGCAUACACGCCUGUAUACGCGCCAGGCAGACGGGCGAGAUGCAAAAGUUUCGACGCGCCGGGGCUGGCAAAAGCGCCGGCGACGCGCAGCCUCACGAGCCUAUAAAAAUGCUGCCCCCGGCCAACCGUUUCAUUCAAGUGCUCUGCUCUGCUCUAAGAGCAGCGGAACUUUGCUUUCAGUCGCAGAGGCAGCGCAUCACCGUGUCCUUUUGCCGGUAGCUCGCUAGCUUUUCUUGCCACUUCGCGUGCCGUGCCGGGUGGUCGCGCGGCAGCGAGCGUCGUCAGCCCGUGAUGAGGAACUGCCACCGAAUGGCGUCAGAGGUGUUGCUGGCGGUGCUCUGCUCGUCGUGGGUGCUCGCGGCCGCGGCGCAGAAGUACAAUGCCAUCUUCAACUUCGGCGACUCCAUCACGGACACCGGCAACCUCUGCACCAACAACAGGCCGUCGCAGAUCACCUUCACGCAGCCGCCCUACGGCGAGACCUACUUCGGCAUGCCAACCUGCCGCUGCUCCGACGGCCGCGUCAUCCCCGACUUCAUGAGCAGCUCGUUCGGGCUGCCGUUCCUGCCGCCGUCCAAGUCGACGAGCGCGGACUUCAAGAAGGGCGCGAACAUGGCCAUCACUGGCGCGACGGCCAUGGACGCCGACUUCUUCCGGUCGCUGGGGCUCUCAGACAAGAUUUGGAACAACGGACCCAUCAGCUUCCAGCUGCAGUGGUUCCAGCAGAUCACCACCUCCGUCUGCGGACAGGCAGAUUGCAAGAGCUACCUGGGCAACUCCCUGUUCGUGUUCGGCGAGUUCGGCGGCAACGACUACAAUGCCAUGCUCUUCGGCAACUACAACGCCGACCAGGCCAGCACCUACACGCCCACCAUCGUCAACACCAUCUCCAACGGCAUCGAGAAAUUGAUUGCGAUGGGGGCGACGGACAUCGUUGUGCCGGGCGUGCUGCCGAUCGGGUGCUUCCCCAUCUACCUGACCAUCUACGGCACCUCCAACAGCGGCGACUACGACAGCCUCGGCUGCCUCAAGAAGUUCAACGACCUCUCCACGUACCACAACAACCAGCUCCAGACCAAGGUCGCCAGCCUCCAGGCCAAGUACAGCUCCGCACGCAUCAUGUACGCCGACUUCUACUCCGGCGUCUACGACAUGGUCAAGAACCCGCAGAGCUACGGGUUCAGCACGGUGUUCGAGACGUGCUGCGGGUCGGGCGGCGGCAAGUACAACUACCAGAACAGCGCGCGGUGCGGCAUGGCGGGCGCCUCCGCGUGCGCCAACCCCGCCGCGCACCUCAGCUGGGACGGCAUCCACCUCACCGAGGCCGCCUACAAGCAGAUCACCGACGGCUGGCUCAACGGGCCGUACUGCCGCCCGGCCAUCCUCCACAGCUAAGCAAGCCAUCAAGCAGCAAAGCAAGGGGUUAAUGAUUAAUUAUUUAUUAUAAUUUGUGGGGUCAAUGAUCAGUGCACAAUCAAGACAUGUAUAAUGAUGUGACAUCAGCUGUCUAUGAAAAGCAGUUAUUCAUAGAUUUUAUCUGACAGGAAGAAAAGAGAAAUAAAAUAAAGAAAAGUGAUGUCUAUUAAUUAA